AUGAUAUUUGAUUUCGAUUCAAAAGGUAGAUUAUUUCUAAAUCUAUGGAUUGUUAAACCGUUUCAUUUACAACCAUGGAUGGCAAUGACUAUCGGUGUGUUUGCAAUAUUGGGUGCAUUCAGAUUGUAUGUCUAUAUUUCGACACGCUCCAUCAAGAAGCGUUAUGCACCGGCUCAUCGAAGAAAAGAUAGUAUAGCAGAGCCACUCCUACUUCUCAAGCAGAUGAUCAAUACCAAGCCAAAGAAAUUCGGUGAUAUAUUCCCAGAGGAGUUGAGAGAGCUGGCGAAACGACGUGUUGCCGUACUGAAAGAAGCCAACCCAUUUGGAAUGCAGACAAUAUAUAAUAACAACUAUCAAGGUGCAGGAACAGGAGCAGGUGGUGGAAGUCCAGGAAGUGGUCAUGGAAGAAGUAAUAUGAAGAGAUCCAGUUCUUUGAACUUUAGACAAAGUCCAACACUCGGAAGAUUCUCACCGAAAACAGCAUUCAAUCCAAUGCAGUUCAGAACACCACAGAGCUUAAAGUCGGGUUCGACCAUAUUCGAGAAGGAACCAUCGCCUUUGGCAUUGUCACCUACACCAACAUUCAAUGAUAACAGCGUCAACAUCAACAACACAAACAUUAACAACACAAGUAGCAGUAUUGGAUCCUCGUUACUGACAUCACCAACUACAACAAUGGAUAGCAGUGGAAAGUCAUUUGUCAACAGUCCUGCUGCUGCCGGUUUUAAUAGCAAUACAACAGCUAGUUAUCUCAAGAGAAGCAAUAAUAGCAUCCAAAAGGAUGAGAUUAACUUUAUUAAUGAACAAGAGAAGUUGAUUGGUGGUUCUCCAAAGAUUGGAACGGUUCUACAACAACAACAACAACAGGCUGAUCAACCAACUAUUGAAGAGGAAGAAGAAGAUAGACAAUCGGAUUCAUCUAAUACUAGUUCCAGUUCAAAUAAUUUCCAAGAUACUCCACCAAUGUUCAGAAUGGGAUCGUCAAGUGGCAAGAGAAUCGUUCCAUCGACAAACUAUGGACUGGUGGGUCUGGCGCUUUCCGGUGGUGGAAUUCGUUCGGCAACUUUCAAUCUCGGUCUGCUCCAAGCGCUUUCAAAGCAUCGAUUGUUUCGCAAGGUAGACUAUCUGUCUACUGUCAGUGGUGGUGGAUUCAUUGGUAGUUGUUUGAUAUCGUUGCUCUCCGAGGGUACACACACCUCCGAUUGGAAUAACUUCCCGUUUCACUACAGUCGUGGUAUGAAAGAGGGAAUACCACUCAAGCAUCUGCGUAACAGUGCCAACUACUUGGCCAAUGGAUUGUUUGAAUUCCUUCUCUUCCCGGUGUUGAUUCUCCGUGGAAUCGUCUUGAAUCUCAUUUCCAUAUUCCCAUUCGUUUGGGGACUUCUGCUGUUCGAGCGUUACGUACCAAUCAAGUUUGGAGUGAACUACUAUCUCACUCUGAGAAUCGCGUGGAAUCUACUGAUACACAUUCUCAUAUUCCCAUUGAUCUCCCGACCGAAAGUGACCAUUCCUGCAAUCAUACUGUUCCUCUCGAUCUACAGUACCGAUCUCUCUGCAUUCUUCUCAAAGGCGAACAACUUUGAGAUUGCUGCAUCGUUGUGUCUUCAUCUCUACUUGAAUCAUCCGUGGCUACUCAGAAAGGAAGAUAGUAAAGUAUGGUACGAUCGUUCAUUCGGCUGGUUGUUCAUCGUUUUGAUAUCGCUUGGAUUCGUCGAAUCACUUCCACUCAUCGAGAAUGUUUACAUCCAAUACUUUGGCGGUGAAACAUCGUUCCGUGUCUAUCCACUCUUUUGUCUGUUUGCUUUGAUUCUUGCCGACUCGUUGGCAUUCACUCUCCUCACCAACCCAAAGCUGUCGCCAGUGAAACGAUUGACAUUCCAUAUCUUUGUAUCGAUUGUCGGUCCACUUCUCUUGAUACUCACCUAUCUUGAACUGAGUGUCUGGUUGGAUUCGUCGUCGUCGCUCUUUGGUAUUGGCAAUGGAAUUUGUUUCUUUGUUUCACUGCUCUCUUUCUUCACGAUGGAUAUCAAUGAAACAUCGAUGCACAAAUACUAUCGUGAUAGACUGUCCAAGGCGUAUAUGUUCUCCAUCAAGAAUGGAAGAUUCCGUCCGUACGGUGGUGAAAAGAUUAGUCGACUCAAUCGCCGUUCCGUCGCACCCUAUCUUCUCAUCAACACAACACUCAACUACACAACCAACAACGAUCCAAACGGAAUUCCUGACUCUAGAGGUUCCGAUUUCUUCAUGUUCAGUCAGCACUUUGUUGGGUCAGAGACUUGUGGUUAUCGUUCGACCGAGCAGAUGGAGAAGUUGGAUCGCCGACUUGACCUUGCAACUGCCGUUUCCAUCUCUGGUGCCGCCGUAGGUACAAAGAUGGGAACUGCUACCAUACCAACACUGGUUCUCUCACUCGGUAUUCUUAAUAUUCGUCUUGGCUAUUGGCUACCGAAUCCUCUUGGUAUCUUCCUCAGUCAUCCUUACCUCGGUCGUCUAUUCUAUGGUGGUUUCGCAUGUUAUCAUCUUGUCAAAGAGUUUGGAUGGACUGCAAUGACCUCGAAGGACUGGUGUAUCAAUCUCAGUGAUGGUGGACACAUCGAAAAUCUCGGUGCCUACGAACUCAUCAAGAGAAGAUGUAAAUACGUUAUCAUCUCUGAUGCUGAAGCUGACCCCGAUAUGACAUUCCCAAGUUUAGCACAACUUAUGAGAUUAGUUAGAAUUGACUUUGGAAUCAAUAUUCAAAUCAAUUUAGAUGAUAUUCGUAGAGGUGGAAAUGGAUACAGUCAAAAGCAUUGGACAGUUGGUAAAAUCAUCUAUCAAAAGAAAAAGAGUUAUUCUAAUCCACAAGAUAGUGAUACUGAGAAUCCACCAAGUGGAGAAGUUGGUUAUCUGCUCUAUAUAAAGUCAUCGUUGACAGGUGAUGAAGAUGAGGUUAUCAAAGAGUAUCAAUCUCAACAUCCUUCGUUCCCUCAUGAAUCGACCACCGACCAGUUCUUUACCGAGUCACAGUUUGAAGCCUAUCGUAGUCUUGGAUAUCACAUCGGUGGUAGUUCAUUGUUUGGUCCAAAGCACAACCGAUUGUUUGAUGGCGAGGAUGUAGAUUCAUUCUUUGAGCGUAUCUACCAGUCGUGCACAGGUGAACUUCCUAAAGGUUGGCAAGAGAAGCGUGACGAUAGCGGUAGUCAAUACUUUGUUCAACAGGACAUGAAGAAGAAGACAUGGUUCGAUCCUCGUCUCAGAAAGACAUCUGCAUCCGGUACUCAAGUUCCACCAGGUGUAUCGCAAUCUGCCAGUGCUAUACCAAUUACAACAACCGUAAUUCCAACAACAACUUCAAUUUCCAUUUCUAAAAAUCAUAAUAAUAAUAACAACAACAAUAAUAUGAAUAAUAUUAAUAAUGUGAAUCUCGAUUCAGUUAGUGGUUUUCGUGUUGCCAACAAUAAUAUCAACAAUAACAACAAUAUAAUUCAUAAUAAUAAUAAUAAUAAUAAUAUAAAUAAUGUUAGUCGUACACCAACAACUACAACGAUAACAACCACUAUCACCAACAACAAUGAUCAUUUGAUACCUGCACCCACAACUCUAACUUCAACACUACCACCAACACACUCGAAUGGUAAUGAAAACGACGAUGACAGUGAUACUGAUGGUAAUACCAAUGAAGGAGUUAUAAGUGGUGGUAAAAAUGGUGAUAUACUCGGAGGUGUAUCAUUACCACCACAAUAA